CCGAAAUCAGGCCUCCCCAGAGCUGCCUUCCAGGAGGGGCCCGGGGUGGCCGUCGGAGGUCAGUCCCUCGGCCACCCGGCGUCACUCUAAGGCGGAGGCCGGGAGGGAAGGGGGCCGCCCUACCCGCCCAGCGAGCCUGCAGACUCCGGCAUUUCCUCCCGCCUUCCUGGUGCGGCCUUCCCGGGGAAAGAAGAAGAUCCCGGGGCCCGAGUGACCCAGCCUCCCGCCGUUGCGCAGCGGCCGCCGAUCCCGGAGGGCCGCCCAGGGUAGGGUAGGAGUGCGAGGCAGAAGCUGGCCAGGGGCAGCGGCGGGGACCGCGACGGACAGGGCGCGGCCCGAGCGCGGGUGUGCAGCGCCGGAGGCGGCGGCGAGGGGAACUUGAGCUGGGAGAGGAGGCCGGGCUGCAGGGCGGCCCGCCCGGCGCUGGGAGCCGCCAAGGCCACGGCCACGGGGCCGCCCGGGUGCUGCGCGCAUGCCGGGCCGGGGACAGCCCCCGGGCUCGCGGCAUGUCGGUGCACUACACCCUCAACUUGCGCGUCUUCUGGCCUCUUGUGACCGGCCUGUGCACCGCGCUAGUGUGCCUCUACCAUGUCCUACGGGGCGGUGGGGGCGCCCCGGCAGAGCCCCCCGACAGCGUGGACAGCGGCUUCCCCCUGCUCAAGGUGGCCAUCCUUCUCCUCCUGGGCUACGUCCUCCUCCGAUGCCGCCACGCCGUCCGCCAGCGCCUCCUGCCAGGCUCUGCCAGCCUGGCUAGCCACUCCAACUUAGCCAGACCCUUGCAGGAGCCCGGUCUGGGCAUCUUGCUGGAAAGUUACUACGAGCAUGAGGUGCGCCUGUCGCCGCACGUGCUGGGUCACAGCAAGGCACACGUCAGCCGGAUCGUGGGUGAACUGGUGCGCGCUGGCCGGGCCAGGGGGUCUCCAGGCCCCAUCCCGGGGGGAGCAUUGGCCCUGGCCUUCCGGGGAGACUUCAUCCAGGUGGGCAGUGCGUAUGAGCAGCAUAAAAUCCGCCGGCCAGACAGCUUCGAUGUGCUGGUACCAUUGCGCCUCCCGCCGCUGGUGGCACUGGAGCCGCGGAGCCUGGGGUCCGAGUCCGCGCUGGACCCGGCCUUCCGCAGCUGCUUCCUGUGCACCCUCAAGGCGCCGCCCUCACCGUCUGGGGUCCAGGCGAGCCACUGGCAUCGGGACUGCAAACCCUUCGCCGACGGCUUCUGCGUGGAUGUACAAGGGCGGCGUCACCUCUCCGCCACUCUGGUGCUGCGCUGGUUCCAGGCGCACCUGCAACGCUCCUUGGCCGCCGUGCGCUACAGCCUGGAGGGUCGCUGUCGGGUCACCCUGACCCCCGGUGGCCUGGAGCAGCCUCCCACCCUCCACAUUCUGCCCUGUCGCACCGACUACGGUUGCUGUCGCCUUUCCAUGGCCGUGCGUCUCAUUCCUGCUGUCCAUCUGGGCGACGGCGUCUUCCUGGUGGCACCGCCGCCCUCGUCCAGCGGGGCCCUGGCAGAGCUCCCGGGUGGCCUGCGAGCAGAGGCACUGUGGGGUGUGAACACCGCUCGCCAGGAGCAGAAACUGCUGGGCUGGCUUCAGGAACGGGCGCCUCCAGGUGCCUGCUACCUCAAGUGCCUGCAGUUGCUCAAGGCUCUCCGAGAUCUGGGUGCCCGAGGGCUGGACCCGACGGCAGCUGCCCAGUGGGGACGCAUCCUGUCAUCCUAUGUACUCAAAACCGUGCUGCUGGCGGUGCUUCUGAUCGAUGGUGGCCCGGCGUCAAGCUGGGAUGAUAUACACCUGAGUGAAUGUUUGGAAAAGUUGGUAAAAUUUCUUAGGGACUGCUUGUUGCGACGCCGGGAGCUUUAUCACUGUGUCCUGGGCCCUGGUGGCCCGGCUACCGAGGUGGGCCCCCUGCCCAAGGUGCUGCGUGAGGCCGCUCCUGUUGACCUCCUGGCACCUUUCGACCUACAUGCCCGGGAGCUUGCAGCAGCACGGUUGCUGUCCACCUGGAGAAGGUUGCCUCAGCUUCUCCGAGCUUAUGGGGGUCCCCGCUACCUUGCCAGGUGCCCCUUACCCCGGAGUCAACGCACCCAGGGCUUUCCUGAAGAUGAACCAUAAAUCCUGACUACACCUCACUUGACUAAAUGCUCGGAAAGCCUUUUCCACAGGAUGGGGGUGGAGUAGCAGUUAUAUUUGAGAUGAGUUGUAUGUAGAAGGCAUUGAAAAAUGUGGAGGAUUCCACAGACUUUGGUAGGAUAAAUGUGUCCCCCCCCACGCACCCUGGUUGCACGACCCAACAUAAUUGCUUCAUCAUCUGAAGGCCUUAAAGCAUCCUGUAUGGCCUUGACACACACUCACAUCUCUCCCUAUCCCAGAAUUCUUUUGACAUACAUAUUUGUUAGAUACUGUGUUUUUCAGUUGGCCUAUUUGGGGGGUGGGGAGGGGAGUUUCUUUCAUUCAGUGCCAGGACUGGAGUGGGUAGGGUCUAACAAAUGGCAGGUAGGUGCUCUACCACUGAGCUACAUUCCCCAGCCCCUGGUUUUAUUGUUAUUUUUUGUUUCCUUUUUAAAGGAAAAACAAAAGAAUAUCCACCAGGCAUGGUGGCACAUGCCUUUAAUCCCAGGA